GACAGCACUCUAGCUCUGCAUUCACAGUGUGUAUGUGUAAGAGUGUGUGAAACUGUUUAUGCGUGUUUUGAUGCCGUCGAUGAGCUGCUUUGUGACUUUACGAACUUCAUAUUGAUGAAUGGCACCAUGAUGCGGAGUAUGGAUGCAAGGGAAACUGAGAUCGACCUGAGGGAUGCAGGGGAUGGAGAGGAUGACGAGGGACAACAGACGUGGAAGACCCAGCUGGAAACUGUCCUGGAGGAAGAGGAGGAGGAAGAUGUGAUCUCUACACAGAGUGACACCAGGCCUCUGAUCAAUGAACGGGACCCAAGACAAAUAAAUGAGUGUCUUAAGGUUCGUUUUGAGGAUGUGAUAGCAGAGCCGGUGUCUGUGCGCAGCGGGGAUCGGGUGUGGAUCUGGAGUCACGCUCUUUUCGAGGUGUCCAGGGUCUGGUUUUACCGUAUCAUCACAGCUCUGCUGGCAGUUCCAGUGUCCCUCCUCGCUGGGAUUCUCUUCGCUGUCCUCAGCUUUGUUCACAUUUGGUUCUUUACGCCAUGUGUGCAGGUCGUCUUGAUAAACACCGGGUGGUUGCAAACUUUAUGGAGCAGCAUUUUAGACAUAAUAAUCCUACCGUUCUUCCAAAGUGUAGCCAAGUGCUGCAGUGGGAUUAGUGUCAUUCUCACACGGGAAUGAGAAACAUUCACUGGAAUCUUUUGAAACGAUUCAAAUUGAAAUUCACUUUGUGUGGCCAUCUGACUCCUGGUGCAUGUCAAGGGGGACCAUGCCCAAAUGCUAAGCGUAAUGAAUGUCAACUCACUGCCAAAGACUGAGAGGAAGCGGAUAUUUGGAAAUGCAUGAAGUUUGCUUCCGUAUGAAAGUAUUUUUAUAGGGACAGUGCACCCAAAAACGAUGAUUCUGUCACUGUUUAC